AUGGGUGGAAAUGGGGGUAAGAAAGCCUCUAGGCUGAGAGUUGGGUGUUGGAACAAUGGGACAUUGACGGGGAAGUCUAUAGAGUUAGGUAAGAUUCUUCAGAAGAGGAAGAUCAACAUAGCAUGUGUUCAGGAGACUAGAUGGAAGGGUACUAGGGCACGAGAUGUAGACGGGUUUAAACUAUGGUACUCAGGGAGCGCUGGGGGUAAGAAUGGGGUAGGUAUUUUAGUUGACAGGGACAUCAGGGAGCUCGUGGUUGAGGUAGGUUUGGACAAGGAGGUUAAGAAGCAAUUCUGGAAGGAUUUGGACGAGAUGGUGCGUAGUAUCCUGCACACGGAGAAGUUGUUCAUUGGCGGAGAUUUCAAUGGUCAUAUUGGGGCUAGUGGUAGGGGUUAUGAUGAUGUGCAUGGCGGGUACGGUUUUGGGGAUAGGAAUGAGGGAGGUAAUUCUCUGUUGCAUUUUGCUAGAGCUUUUGAUUUGGUUAUAACUAACUCGAGUUUUCCGAAGAGGGAAGGAGCACCUGGUCACUUUCCGGAAUUCAAUGGGCAAGACUCAGAUUGA